CAGAACAGAAGCACGUUUGGUUUGGUUUGGUAUGGCAGAUAGCGAUGUGGCGGCGCUCCGUCUAUGUAUUAGUAUUAAUUUUGCGGGAUGUAAUUCUCCUGUUCCAUCAGAUUUCCGGAGCAUCCUUCUUUGUCGAUGUUUGCAGGAUUGGCUGCGGCUGAUGGCGGACACUGUAAUGGAGACUCACGACUGCGUUGUUAGGCCGAGGUUGAAUCCGCGGAGAAGGAAGGAAAAGGUUGUUGUAGGGUGCGGAGCUGGUUUCGGAGGCGAUAGGCCACCCGCCGCGCUGAAAUUGCUUCAACGAGUGAAGGAGUUGGACUAUUUGGUGCUGGAAUGUUUGGCGGAACGCACGCUGGCGGAGCGCUGCGCUGCUGUGAAAUCCGGCGGCAAAGGUUAUGAUCCUCGCGUUUCGGAGUGGAUGGAAAUGCUUUUACCUCUAGCUGUGGAGAGGGGUGUCCGCAUUAUUACUAACAUUGGUGCUAAGAGUCCAUAUGGUGCACAAGAAGAGGUUUUACAAAUUGCAAAAAAGUUAGGAAUUAGUGUAAGCGUUGGGGUGGCAUAUCAAUCAUCUGUAUCUGAAAUAGGACCGGACAAUAAACAGAAAGAUGUAGACGGUGAAGUUAGCGUGUAUCUCGGAGCAGCUCCUAUUGUUGAAUGUCUGCAGCAAUACACACCAGAUGUUAUAAUUACUUCUAGGGUUGCUGAUGCUUCAUUAUUCUUAGCUCCAAUGGUUUUCGAAUUAGGAUGGAACUGGGAUGAGUUGCACCUCUUGGCACAAGGUUCGCUUGCAGGCCACCUUCUGGAAUGUGGUUGUCAACUCACAGGAGGAUAUUAUAUGCAUCCAGGUGAUAAACACCGAAACAUGCCCUUCCAAGAACUCCUCAAUUUGUCCCUUCCAUUUGCUGAAGUUACCUAUGAUGGCACAGUUUGUGUAGCAAAAUCAGAAGGCAGUGGAGGAUAUCUCGACUUUAACACGUGCGCUCAACAACUUCUUUAUGAAGUUGGGGAUCCCAGUGCAUAUAUAACCCCAGACGUGAUUGUCGAUUUUUGUGAUGUUACAUUUCAUCCGCUGUCAAAUAGCAGAGUUCUCUGUUCUGGUGCAAAGCCUUCUUCUGAAUCAGUACCUAAAAAAUUAUUGCUACUAAGAUCAAAGGACUGUGGAUGGAAAGGCUGGGGUGAGAUAUCCUAUGGAGGUCUCAAAUCUAUUCAACGUGCAAAAGCUGCAGAGUUUCUGGUUAGGUCAUGGAUGGAAGAAUCAUACCCUGGUACAAGCAGUCUUAUUAUUUCCUAUAUUAUAGGUAUGGAUAGCAUAAAAGCAACAUGCAUCAGUGAUGUCAUAUCAGAGCAUAGCAAUGACAUUAGAUUAAGAAUGGAUGGCUUGUUUGAGAACGAGGCGCAUGCAAUUCAGUUCACGAAGGAGUUCAUAGCUUUAUACACCAAUGGACCUGCUGGUGGGGGUGGUAUCAGCACUGGAUGGAAGAAAGAGAUGAUUCUUGAAAAGGAAUUGGUAGAGCGCGAAUCCGUCCAUUGGCAAAUAUCGGCAGCCCAAAGCGAACCAUUCAGCUCAACUGCUUCAAGCAACUACCCUGCACCUACGAAGCCGAAUAAUCCUACAACAGAAUCGAAGUCCACAACAGUCCUCGGAAAUUCAAUCCACGAGCCGAUCAUUCCAGAAACUCGCCAAUCUCCUGCUCCCGCUGGCCAACAAAUUCCUCUGUAUGACAUAGCUCAUAGCCGGGCCGGCGACAAAGGAAAUGACCUGAACUUCUCGAUUAUUCCCCACCAUCCACCCGAUCUUCGGAGGCUUAAGUCACUUGUGACAGAAAAAUGGGUAAAGGAAGCGCUGUCGACACUUGUGAAUCCGACAUCCUUUCCGAGCUCGGAAGAUAUAGAAAAAAGAGAUAAAUGGAUGGAGGAGCAUGUUAGGGUGGAGAUCUACGAGGUUAGAGGGAUCCAUUCGAUGAAUGUUGUCGUCCGCAACAUCCUGGACGGCGGAGUGAACUGUUCUCGGAGGAUCGACAGGCACGGGAAGAGUAUCUCCGAUGUCGUACUCUGCCGGAAAGUUGUGCUGCCGCCGUGACACUGCAGUUGAUGAUGCAGUGCAAGUGCUCCUCCUUCAGUUCAUUCCUGUAUUUGUAAGGUACGCAAUUAUUGAAUUUAGCUGAUUUGUGUUUUGAAUUUUGGUCAUUUUUAUAGAUAAAAUCAUUGAUCUAUGUAUAACAUGGCUGAAUUAUACAAUUUUAGCAGUGAUGAAAGCACAUAAUACAAAUGUUAGUAUAAUGUUCAUGUGUCACAUGUUAUAAUUAGUUUAUAAGUAGAGUUGCCAACAUGGUCGAUUCGUAUUUAAUUGAAUAUUUUAAAUGGAUUAAAUAAUUUAAUUUUAA